UCCAACGUCAAACCAACUUUAUGCCAGUACCUCUUCCGUGGUACCCCCUAUAAUGUAUAUAAAUACAUAAAAAAUUCCUCUGGCACUUACACCUCUACUCUGCACUGGCAUAAAGUUGGCUUGACGUUGGAUUUGCUAUUUGUGGCCAGCACUGGUUGGCGCUAGCUAGCUAGAAGAAUUACCCCUUGUACAAAUUUGCUAGCUAAUUCAAGUUUUCACCCCAAACUCCGCUGGUUUUCAGUAUACUAAACACAGAACCCGUUGCCUAACAUUUACAGUAGUAACCGCCCGGGUGGAUAGAAAAACAUGGCAGAGGAUGGUCGAAGGCAAGACGAGGAUGAACGGAGUCCUGCAUUACAGCACCAGAUGUUUGUGGUUAUGGAGGACUUGUUAGAUAAACUAAAACUGUUGGACUAUGAGGAACAAGUCCUUGAAAAGCACAACAUGAAACCUCUAUCCAGGCAUUAUUUUGUAGCAAGUUCGUACACAGUGAGUAACCUUGGUGAACAAUUCUACAUGUUCAGUGUCAUAGCAGCGUGGCUCAUAACACUGUGUGGCCGGUCGUUUGAAACACCACAGGAAUAUGAUGACCCCAACGUGAUUGUGUCAAACAUCCUGACGGACCUUAGGGCACAGGGUGGGCUGGUUGACUUCCCUCCAUUUAAGCUGAAGUCUGGUUCUGGUGAACAUGUGUGUUAUGUCUUGGACCACCUGGCAGAGGAAGCCCUUAGGUGUGGACAGUUUGUCUGGAAGAGAAGGACUGAGGCAGUUGUUGGCUACUCUGAGGCGUGGUCGACCGUCAGCUGUGAACAGAGAGGAGGCAGGUCAAACUGGCAGGAGGUGAGUGGGCUGAGACCAGAGAUGAUCCUGGAGUCAGUGACUGAUUCUGCCGAGUGGAAUCUGGAGGUAGAGAGGGUUCUGUCCCAGCUCAAAGUCUCUGUCCACACAGAUAUUAAGGAUUGGCGGAGCCAUGUGAGCCAAAUGCUUCAGCACCAGGAUGGCAUCAAAAGCUCUUUGAAAGAGGCCAAGGCAUAUCUGGAUAAACUGCUGGAGGAGAUCAGUAAAACUCAGGAGAAAGUGAACAGCAGAGAGAAGUAUAUCAACUCACAGCUGCAACACCUAAUCACAGACUACAGGAAUGCACAAGCAAAAUUCUGUGAGGCCAAGGAGCUGUAUCAGUGGGGCAGUGGAGGAGUGACUGAGAGAACCAGAACUGUGGCAGAGAUCAGUGAGGAGCUUGAGAAAGUCAAACAGGAAAUAGAUGAGAAGGGUAGCAGCAUGUCAGAUGGAGCUCCAGUAGUAAAGAUCCGGCAGAGUCUGACCAAGUUAAAGCAGGAGAUCCAGGAGAUGGAUGUGCGUAUGGGGGUGGUGGAAUAUACACUGCUGCAGGCCAAACUCAAGGAAAAGAACAAAAUGACAAGAGACAUGCAUGCCACACACAUCACAGAGACUACUACACAAACCUACUCAUAACCAUACACUAUACAGUUGCAAUCAUGACCUGUUUUCUAUGUCUUAUUUUAUUGAAUAAAGAUAACCGUUUCUGAAUA